AUGGGAUGUAUAUUAACAGUUGAAGCCAAAAAGAGCAGAACCAUCGAUGCACAGCUUAGGAAGGAUGGCAACUAUGCAAAGAAUGAAACUAAGCUGUUGCUGCUUGGUCCAGGCGAGUCCGGCAAGUCCACAAUCUUCAAACAAAUGAAGAUCAUCCAAGAGGAUGGUGGAUUCACCACCGAAGAGCGACUGGAAUACAGAUACAUCAUCUACGGAAAUUGUAUAAGUCAGAUGAAAGUACUAGUCAUGUAUGCCAUCAAGGCAGAGAUAAGACCAUCACAAGGAAAUGAAGAGAGCUUCGAUAGGAUAUCAAAGAUAACACCAGGUGGAAACUCAUGGUCUAAUGAUGUUGCCACUGAUAUCAAGGCACUGUGGACCGAUCCAAACAUCCAAAAGGUGUACCAGAUGAGAGAUAGAAACUUCCAACUUAAUGACUCUGCUGAAUACUUCUUCCAGAAUAUAUCGAGAUUCGCAGCGGACGACUAUAUACCAAAUCAAGACGAUGUACUUAGAUCAAGAGUGAGGACCACUGGUAUCCAGGAGGCCAACUUCAAGUUUCAUGAUAUCGAGUUUAGAAUGCUCGACGUGGGCGGUCAGAGGAGUGAGCGACGCAAGUGGAUCCAUUGUUUCGACUCGGUCACUGCCGUGCUGUUCUGUGUGGCCAUGAGCGAGUACGACCAGUCGCUGCGCGAGGACGAGUCGCAGAACCGUAUGCGCGAGUCCCUGCUUCUGUUUGACGAGAUCAUCAACAGCCAUUGGUUCAGCAACACGGCCUUCAUCCUGUUCUUCAACAAGGUGGAUCUGUUCCGCGAGAAGAUCGUGCGCAUCGACCUGGGCACCUACUUCCCCGACUACAAGGGCGGACUGAACUAUGAGAACGGAUCGAUGUUUAUCAAGAAGAUGUUCCUGGAGCAAUGUCACAACUCUCAAAAGAUGUUCCCGCACUUUACCUGUGCCAUCGACACCAAGAACAUCCAGUUUGUAUUCCAAGCAGUUAGAGAGACACUACUCAUCCACGUUCUAGGUGGUCUAGGUUUCGAGCUGGCGGUGUAA